AGAGCCUCAACGUCACACAGGGCGCUAACUUUUAGCUUUUGCCGUGUACGUUUAUCGGUUAAUGUGGCUAGUUUAGAUAAGUUUAUCACCGGAUGUAUGCGUCUUCUUUCUGCGGAUAACUAUUAUUUAUUUACAGAUAGCAUCACCACGGACGACGUGUGCGUUUCUAGCGGGGCACCAGAGUGUCACCCGAAUGCGUUAUCUAUGCUGUGUUAAAGCUAGUCAGCUAAGCUAGCUGCUAGCCGGAGCACCGUCCAAGUUAGUGUGGUGGCGACGGUAGCGAGCCGUUUAAGCUCCACCAGAAAUGGCUGCAGGAGCGGGCGGCUCUAGUGGCUCCAUGGAGUCCACAUUAAACAGGAAGUUUCAAAGUAUUUCCAACACAAUGGAGUCAAUCCAAGGACUGUCAACAUGGUGCAUCGAACACAAGAAAUAUCACAGCCUGAUUGUGCGCCACUGGAUGAAAUGGUUAAGGAAAUCAGAUUCAUCACACAGGCUCAACUUGAUUUACCUCGCCAAUGAUGUCAUUCAGAACUGUAAAAGGAAAAAUGCCAUUGUAUACCGAACGGCUUUUGCUGAGGUGCUCCCUGAUGCUUUCCUUCUGGUCAGUAGUGAUGGAGACUCCAAGAUGCGGAAGGCAGUGGAGAGGAUCCUUUCCAUUUGGGAAGAGCGAAGCGUGUAUACAGGCACACUUAUCACUGAGCUGAGGGGUUACUUGGUCAACGAGGAGUCCCCUGUUGAGAUGCCUGUGGAGCAAAAAACACCAGUUGACAACAAAGCAGCUCUCCGGUCCAAAAUUGUUGCUGAGUUUGUGCCCCAAGCACUGAUAGACCAGCUGUUUAUGUAUAAGACUUCUGUGGAGGAGGUGGAGCUCAAAGAGAAACAGCUCGCAGCAAUGAGGGUGGAUGUCUGCAGCUCCGAUGCUCUCAAGAAACUCAAAGAUAAGGCGGGUGGAAAAAAGUUCUCCAAGGACUUUGAGGAGGGAAGUGCGAAGCUGCAGGACUUUGUAAAGUUCCUCGACCAACAAAGCAAAGGAGGGCUUCCAUUAUUGGAAGUCCUUGGCAAUGCAGAUAUCUUCUAUGAGAUGCAGUACCAGGAGGUCAAGAUUGUCGCCAAUGCCUACCAGACGUUUGCCAACCGGGUGUCCCACCUGAAACGGAAGCUGGACAGCUUAAAGGCCACGUUACCAGACUUGGAUGAGUCGCCCAUUCCUUCGCCCUCGGCAGAUGCACCAUCUCCAACGGGCUCUGAAUCGCCCUUUCAUGGUUUGGGAAUAUCCAACCUAGAUCCGGAUUUGGAUGGUUCUACUAUGGAGGAUGAGGCAGAGCCCCCAGCUCCCAGUCCCCUAUCUACUCCAGGAGCAUCCCCCAAGCCGACCUUUGCUGUCGGAGAGAAUGACAAUCGCGAGGUGGAGGACAUGGAGCUUUCUGAGGAUGAAAUUGAGGGUAAUGGUAUUAUAGUUGAGGAGCAUGCUGAAUGUCCCGCCCCCAAAGCAGUGUCCAAUCCAGUUCCCGAUAAGAGCCAGUCUUUAUUAGCAGCAGACACACUACCUGUCACUCAGGACAUGCCACCCUUAGAUUCCCCUCAAGCAAGCCUGGCCAAUACUGACUUGGGUAAAAUUAGCCACAUCCUCAGAAACUUGACAUCAGUAAUGACAAAUACAGAACCAUCUGUGGGGACCCUUUCCACACUGGCAGCUGCUGGCCCCUCAGUGAAGUCAACACCUCCUCCCUCAGUGACUUCCCAAGACACCAGUUCUCUGGUCAACCUCCUGUCCCAGGUGGACAUGACACCUGAGGUGCUCCUCGGUACUCUGUCUAAAACUCAGAGCGAAGGCAGUGGCCUUAAGGGCCUCACCUCUCUUCUGAGCAGCCCAGUUGAGACGGUGUCAUCAGACUCCUCCAACACAGGCAAGCUUCCCCCUACUCUGUCCUCCACCCCUGCAUCUGCAGCCCCCUCCACAAGCCAGCCUCUCUCCUCUUCUACACCAGUGCCUUCUCCAGUAGUGUCAACUUUAAAGCAGAAUACCAGCUCCCAAGCGGAAGCAUCUUUUCCCGCUUCCAGCGCUGCUUCUGCCCUGGUGCAGGCUCUCCAUCGAGACAUGGAGCUGACAACAGAGCCAGAACCCUCCUCGUCCUCUCAGAGUUUGGAAUCUAAGAUUCACAGCUUCCUACAGGGGAACCCCGGUUUUAGUGCCUUCAACUUAGGCUUCUCUACUGGCCUGGGCCAAGGAAGCAGCAAUCUCAGCCCGAUGACUGGAACAGAUGCUCAGGACAGCACCCCAGUGCGGGACGAGGGCGGAGGCACCCCAACUCAAGAUGAGAUCAUGGACAAGCCAGUGGUUGAUGUAUUUACUUCCAAAGCUCCAAAUACAGCAGGGUACCAGAAUAGUACCUGGAAGGACCACACCAAUCCUCAGCAGCAAGCAAUGCCUCAGAAUGGGCAGGGGAACCAGCCAUACUCAUAUGGUGGCAAGGAGGGAGCGAAACAUGAAAUUAUGCCACCCGUUGCACACUACCAACCAAUACCAUCACAGGCAGCAGGCCCUGUGCCCACUGAAAGAUCCCUAGGCAAUGUCAGCAGUAAUGAAACUGCUGAGGACUUCCAAGGUGUGAGGGUUAGGGGGUGGUAUGGCAGCACUUACCCAGAGGGGGAGACCUUGCACCCCAGGGGCCACAGUGUAACUGCACAAAGAGGAGGUACAGAAAACCAGACAUUAGGACUAUAUCCAUACCAAACAGACAAAGCUCAAGAAACUCGGGGGGAGGUCCCCCAUCAAGGAGUCACCCCCUCCCCUGGUUUCUUCAAAAGUACCCUCCCUCCAGUUCCCCAGUUACCACCCCCUCCUGUGGGUUUUGAGCUUCCACCUGGCAUGGUGAGCAGUGAGGUGGUUCCCUCGGGCCAGAAACCAAUGCCUAACCCUGAGACAGAAGUGGGGGCUAAGCCCAGAGUAGACAGCAUCAUCGGUGGGAUGGUAGUCCAUGACCAUCAACACAAAUCAGUGUUCCACCACGAUGAUCCUUUGUACCACCAUAAUGACCUUCACGGUCAUCCUGAUGACUUGCAUCCUCAUCCUGAUGAGUUGAAUCCUCACCCUGAGGAGCGACGUUACCAUGAUGACCUCAGGCGUUACCAUGAUGACCUCAGUCAUUACCAUGAAGACCCCCACCAUGAAGAUCCCCUUCUUUACCGAGAUGACCCUCGUCCGCACCCCGAUGACCCCUACUAUCACCCCAAUGAGCCGCGUUACCGGCCAGACAGCCCUUCACAGCCAUACCCUAGUGUUCGAGGACGCCUCACUCCCCCCCUCUCCCCCUCAGAGGGUGCCUUCUUUGACUACUGCCCAAGAAGUCCCUCUCCUCCUCCUCUUUAUGGUCACAGGGGACUGCGGCCACCUCGCCCUGAAAUGCAUUAUCCUGGCCCACAUCCUCUCCGCUGGCCUGUUCACCCAGCACGCCCUCCUCACCCUCACCCUAGGGGACCUUCACAUGGACCACCAUUUCCCCCCUUUCGUGGCCCAGACCCGUGGUUACGAGGCAAACGUCCAGGUCCAAGAGGAAGGGGGCCCAGCGGUCCAGUUUUUCCCCCUAAAAGACCAUACUUACCCCCGCGGUACUGACUCAGCAUCAGCAAGUAACCAUUUGAGCGUUUCAGUUUUUGCCAUGGUGGCGGGGGGCAUCUGCGUGACUUCUCAGUUAUUUGAUUUUCAAACAAUGAGAACAGCCACAGCCUGCCAAAACGUAACGAAGUUCUGAAAUGGACAGGCAAGGGGGUGGAUAGAAAGUGAACUGAAAAUGUAGUUGGAGUUCAGACAAGGUCAUAUCUGAAGAAGAGAGGGAUAAGAAGCAGUUGGAUGAAGAGUUAAAUCAAUAAAUCGACAUGGAAGAAAACGGCAGAGAAUGGGAGAGAGCCUCGACAAGAACCAGCAGAUGCAAAUGAAAACCGCUUCUAAGAAGAUUGCUGAGCGGAAGUUCGAAGACCGAAGAAAAAGGAAAUGAAAGGUGGAUAUAUAUACAUAAAUAUAUAUAUAUAUAUAUAUAAAUCACUUUUUUGUUAAUUCUGAUGUAAAGCAUUGCAUUAAGUUUAUAAUUGAGCUUCCCGUUGACGUAGCUCCGCGUGUGUACUUGUUUGCAUGCUGUCAAACUUGAGCCAGCUAGUCAGACAGGUGUAAUUUUUUUUCCCCCAUCAGAAUUUGAAGAUAGUUUUUUCCCCCAAAGAAGUUACAAAGAAAAGUAGUUGAAGCGGUAUUUUUACUGUUGUUAGGUUUUCACUGAGUAAUUGUGACAUCCUCACCCCCCCACCCCCUUACAUUUAAUCAAGAAUCCCAAUAGCCUUUUGCUAAAAAAGACCCCUCUUAAACAACACGUUGUGUAUGUACAGGCGAAUAGGCUUAUAGAGGUUCUGUUUCUUUUUACAGUACUCUUUUUGUGUAGUAGAGGAGAUCUUUUGUCAUCGAUCCAACUUUGAGUUUUGUUUUUUGUUAAGUGACAAUUUCUCCACCAAUGCGUAAGCCUUUCGGCGUCAGGUUUGCGUCUUUCAGUUGCUUGGUUGAAGUUGGUACGAGUCUGGUUAAGGGUCUUUGGGAGGAAUCCUUUUUUUUAUAGCCUUUAACGCCAACGCAGAAGAAAAGUUCAUUUUUGGAGAGGAUGAAGAUACUCGUCUUCAGCUACGUUUUACUUGUACUGGCUUCAAUAAAAACU